AUGUAGCACAAAUCGGUAGUUCCAGGCAUAUCAAAUCAGACCAUGGUUCUGCUGAUUACUAGUUUCUCAAUUGCAUUUUCUAUAUUGGAAAUGUAACAUUAGCAAAUAUCACAAAGGGAUGACAUUCACAGCAACUCCACCCUCAGAGUUUUGCUCAAAGGUUAGAAGUACCGCAGUUCAUACAUCACCCCACAGUCGGGUGGCAAGGAUUCCAGGGCUUGGCUUGGCUGGGCAAGCAAAUGGCAGGAGCGGUGUAAAAGUCCCAAGCAAGCGUGUUGUCACAGAUAGUCACCAUACGUCACACCUGUCAUAUUUGGUCGUGUGAGCAGAGUACUAAGUAUUGACGUGUGUGCAGUCGUUUGUUUCUGAAUCAUGAGAAACAUGACUCAAUAUUCAGCAUCAGUACUUAUUGGAUGGCAAUUCAUUCACAUAGUUUCAGGGAUAGGUAUCAACCUGGCUCUGAACAAACCAAGCACACAAAUCAGCACUUCGGAUUCCGCUAACGCCAGCCGGGCAGUGGAUGGGAACAGCGACCCACACUACCCGAACGGGUCCUGCACUGCCACUAGGCAUCAGACACCGUCAGAACCUUAUCUGUGGUGGCAAGUGGACCUUGGCUGCUCUCUCUUUGUUUCAGAGGUAGUCAUCACAAACAGAAACUAUGCUGGUGAACGUCUUCAUGAUUUCGACAUCCUCCUGGCUGAUAACGUAACGAUGAAUGAGGCCCUCGUCUGUCGCCACUACCCGGGCCCGCUGGGGACGGGCCUGACAGAGACUCUCCCCUGUCACUCCCCCCUCAGCGGACGCUACCUGCGGGUACAGAUCCCCUGGAAUAACGAUACAGACUUGCUGACGCUGUGUGAAGUCCAAGUCAUGGGGGUUCCAAACAAGAUGGCCCUAACUCGUCAGACCAACAAACGAGUCACCUCCAACAAGCUGAGAAUGAUGACGUCAUCGCUCGAAAUGUGCGCCCGGGCGUGCCAGGAGGGGCUUCAGUGUGUGGGUUUUAAUUUCUCCCCCUUGGCUGCCAACAUGUCCAACUGUGAGCUGCUGGCUUCCACCAUAAAUGUCGUCACCGACGCCGACUGGAGUCUCUAUGUCGCCAACUCAUACGACGUUUGCAGCUGCUGAGGCUGAGGCUACUUUGUGACUUUUCAAAUGGUUCAUCCGAGUUCUUAAAAUAUGAUGUCAAUAAUAUGAUUCAACAAUUUAGAUUUUCUGUCCCUACUUCAAGACAUCACAUUUGGAUGAGAUUGAGACUAUUUGAAUAAUAUCCAAAUGUCUCUAAGCUAUACCUGAUGUAUGUAGAUAGUUGUCAUCAUACAAAAUAAAUGAAUGUGAUGCCAAUACUAUUUGUAUGACUCAACAUAUUGGGAGCAUACUGCUCCAUGGCCUACAAUUCAUUGCCACUGAUGGAA